UUGCCAUUGUCCGUGCUGCUGAUCAUAUAUACAUUGAAGAAAUAAAAAAAGCUGGACUCUAUCUGAAGAUUUCACAAGCUUAUGCUGCCUUGUUACCCGUAAAGGCGGUGGGUGUGAUGGGUGAUAAAAGGACAUACGAACAGGUUAUUGCAUUGAGAGCUGUAGAGACGACUGAUUUCAUGACAGCAGAUUGGUAG